AUGAUCGUCAGGGCCGGUCAUUUAUCACGGUCGAUGUCGCCGUCUGGCCAUCACGAUGAAUUUCGACAUCAGUCUUUUUGGAAACAAUUCCCUCGACGCUGGGUUAAGAUGAUUUCCUUCCUCGCCUUAGUAUGUUUCUUCUCCGUCGGUCUUGGUCUGAGUAUCAAAAGAGACCGGAACUUUGAACAUGGCCAGAAGCUACAAGAUCUCGGGAAUGACCAGGCUAUAAGCCGCUUUCCUCCUCCCCGUCAGACACAGCAACAUACACAUGAUCCUACUAUUCUCCGUGUGGGUGAUGAAUAUUAUCUUUAUCAUGUCGGCGAACACAUCUUCAUUCACACUGCGCCGAGUAUGGCCGGCCCGUGGAAGCAUGUCGGCAGUGUGCUGGAUGCCAAUAGUGUGAUCCCGAAGGGUGAUCGUGCCGUGCCCUGGGCCCCGACCGUUAUCGCCGUCGACGGCACAUACUAUUGCUAUUAUAGUGUGAGCAAGGCCGGUUGCCGUGAUAGCGCUGUUGGCGUGGCCACCUCCAACUCUCCGGGUCCAGGCAACUGGUUUGAUCACGGUGCUGUCAUUGAGACUGGCACGGGCAGUGGAUCGGACAUAUAUCCUUACACCAAGUCCAAUGCCAUUGACCCCAGCACAUUGGUCACUCCCGAUGGAAAUGCUUAUUUGACUUAUGGAAGCUACUGGAAUGGAAUUUUCCAAAUUCCGCUGAGCAAGGACCUCCUCUCUCCAGCCAGGACUACCGAACCUGAUGAGCGUCAGCUGGCGUGGGAGCCGGAAUCCCUGGGCCCGCCGAAUCGCAUGGCCAAUAACAUCUGUGGUGAUCCGAGCGGUCCCCAUCCCGUUGAGGGUGCUUUCAUCUCCUACAAUGAUGGAUGGUACUAUCUCUGGUAUAGUCAUGGUUUCUGCUGUAAUCUGAAGAAAGACAACCUGCCGCCCGCUGGUCAAGAAUAUUCCAUCCGCGUUGGACGCUCUCAAAGUCCCCGUGGGCCAUUCACAGACAAGACCGGCAAGGAUCUCGUCACAGGUGGCGGCGAACUUGUCUACGGCUCGAACGGAGAGACCUAUGCCCCAGGCGGGCAAGCUGUGAUCCGUGAUGGCGAUACCGAUGUGCUCUACUACCACUACUUGAACACAACAGUUGGCAUUGCAUUCCAGGACGCCUUCCUUGGAUUCAAUCCUCUCAAAUAUGUUGACGGAUGGCCUAUCGCUCAGGCCUGA